GUGAGCACGUCUUCGAACGGAUUCUCGAUCAACGACAAGCCGUCGCUCGUCUCGUACUGCCACACGCUCGAAGGCGACGACCUCGCUCAGCACGAAGCCGACAUGAAGACGCUCGCGGCCGAGUGCGGUCGUGGCACCGUCUGCACCGGCGACGUCUGCACGGUGCAGGACGAACCGAGUGUCGUCUUCUUCACGGUCAAGACCGCCGGUGGCCUCGGCGACCGCGUCCGGGACAUUGCCGGUGUCAAGGACGACGACGUCACUGGUCCGUACGCGAUCCUCCUCGACGUUCGCGGCGGCAGUGCGUAUGUGCACGACGGCUUGAACGUCGACGCGCUCCGAAAGACGCUCCAGCAGUUCCAGGACAAGGCCCUCGACAUGAAGGCGCUCUCUUUCUAA